AUGCCUUACUUCCAAACCAGCGUAGAAUGGUACGAGCAGUCGUCACUACUUCUCAAAGCUAGGCCUUCAUCGACACGAAUCACCUCCAAAUACAGCGUCCGCAAACCAUCAGCAUCCAAAAUAAAAAAACGCAAAAGCUAUGCCGAAAAGCACCCGGCCAAGCCCGCCGAUACCACGCGCGCCUCAUCGCCAUCACCGCAAUCGCAAAACCCAGAGGAAGUGACCGUCACAUUUAAACUGAAAACAUAUGACCCAGUGUCUGGGGCCUGCUUACAGUAUGAAACAAACAAAGGAGCUGAAGUCGGACGUCUGAUUGGCAACCUUGGAAGACUAGGGAGGCACAUGGCUGCUUUGCCAGAAGUGGCGGAGGAUUUAAGUGCGCCUGCGCCAGAGAGAGCGUCAACACCAGCCCUGGACGAGAGUGGAGAUGUGAAGAUGGGUGGUGUGCCUGUGGAUUCAAAAGCUAGUGCCAAUACAGCUGGGAAGAAGAAAAAGAAGGGCAAGAAAUGA